GCUGUCAUUCAGUCUGUGACCUGUUGUAACGAUGCGUUACCUGAUUCUAUUCAUUCUGGUCUGCUCUGGAACUCUCCUGUCUAUUACGCUCAUAGACUACUACCAACCUCAAAGAGAUGAGUUCCUGGACUCUGUCCAGAAGAGUUUGCAGUGCAGAAGACUGCGAGAAAAACUGGUGACCAUGACUUCUAUGAAAAAAGUAGACAUUGCCCUGUUCUCUCAGGAGGUGAGAGAGCUGAUGAACUGUCCUUGGAGACUCAACAUCACACACAGAGAACUGCACAGGACAGAGUUGUGGUCAUGCUGUAACGCGUCUGAUAGGCUGAUGGUGACCAGACAGAACACCAAUCAGAACCAGAGUCUGACCUACGAGGUAGAGAGGAGGAUGAAGAGAAAGGUGGACCAAGCACUAUGGGAGAUGCUGCCUCAGACCGUACCCUGGAGUAAAGGUUCGUUGAGUCGUUGUGCCGUGGUGGGAAGUGGAGGAAUCCUGCAGAACAGCAGCUGUGGAGCGGAAAUAGACAAUGCUGACUAUGUCAUUAGGUUUAACCUGGCUCCUAUCAACAAGAGUUAUGACGUGGGAGUGAAGACAGACCUCAUAACAGCCAACCCUUCCCAGAUCAAUAAAGGGUACCCUGACCUCCAGCGGAACCCUGGACCCCUGGCGGAAGCUCUGUCAGUCUACGGUCAUGCUCAUCUACUUCUCCCAGCCUUCUCCUUUGCUUUUGGGACCUCCCCCUGCUUCAAGGUGUACCAUGCCCUCCGUAAGGCCCGCCCCCAACAGGAAGUGGUGUUCUUCCACCCAGACUACCUGUUUGAGCUGGGCAGGUUCUGGCGUCGUCGCGGGCAACGAGCCCCACGGCUCUCUACUGGUUUGAUGCUGGCCAGCACCGCUCUGGAGAUCUGUGAACAGGUUCAUCUGUACGGCUUCUGGCCCUUCCCUCUGGAUCUAUCCCAAAAUACUUUGCCCCAUCAUUACUAUGACAGUGUUGGUCCAAGUCACUUCAUGCACGCCAUGCCUGAAGAGUUCCUGCUGUUACUACAACUCCACAGCCAGGGGGCGCUACAGCUACAUGUUGGACCCUGUACACUGACCCCUACAUCCUAACCCAUACAACCUCUGUUACUACAACUCCACAGCCAGGGGGCGCUACAGCUACAUGUUGGACCCUGUACACCCUAACAUGCGGAUCAUCUGGGGCCGGAACAAAAUAAUAAUUAUUUAUACAGUGCAAAUUGACCACAACUAAACCCCAAAAGAUGUAUUGUUG